AUGUCCUUAUUCGGCACCUCACCGGAAGGGCCCUCGGCGGCUGCCCAGGGGUCCAAGUCGUCACUUUUCGCAGAUGACUCGGCUCGCGAGUCUCCGUCGCUCUUUGCGGAUGACGACGGCGAUGAUAGCUCUUCGCCAUGGAGGCAAAACAACACUGCGAAGCGGACUGCCCGCCGUGAUCUUGUUCGAACCUUACUCCCCGCGACGGAUGUACCCGAGAGCUAUGUCGACGCAUACGACCUGGUACUGAAUAGCGGGGACAGGGUUGGCUCCGGUGUCGGGUUGACCUCCGUUCGCGAGAUCCUGUCCAGCAGUGGACUGAGCGCAUCGGAUCAGGGCAGGAUUCUGAAUCUCGUUGUGUCGGCGGACCACGAGAGCUCAGGAGGAUUGGGUCGCGCCGAGUUCAAUGUCUUGCUUGCGCUUAUCGGUCUUGGCCAGGAAGGCGAGGACCUAUCAUUCGAUACGGUCGAUGAUCAUCGCAAAAAGCUUCCUCAGCCGAAAAGUGGCUUCCUGGACAGACUUCGAAACUCCGACUCCGCGACUGUCGCUGCACCCGAACGGCCGCAGACCCCUCCACCUCAACAAACCCCAUUGCAGGAACCCAACUCUGCGCGAACCCGACAGACUCGGCGAGAAUCAUUGAGUGGUCUAGAGGCUGACCCAUGGGGUAGCCCAGACCUUCAUCGUGGCCACGACCAUGGGGCUGCGGUUGACCAGCGGACUUAUAAUGCGUUCGGAAGCAUGCGCUCUACCACCAACGCCUGGUCGAGCAAAGCCGUGGAAGAGGCAGGUCAGAUUGCAGUGAACCGGGAGCAUACCAAUGGCAAGACCGAGUCAGUACCACCCAGCAGCUCUGGGUCCGGAUGGGGUGGCAACAUCGGGAGACCUGAUGAAGAUGCUCCAUUUAGUGCUCCUCCCCGUUCAGCUUUAAGUGGCUUUGGGCCCCCUGAAGAUCCUGAUCUCACGUCUCGGCGCCGGCCGCUCGUAACUCGAACGACGAACCCUCAGAUCGAGGAGACAGUGAUUAUCAACCUCCUGCCCGAGAAGGAGGGAAUGUUCAUGUUCCAGCACCGCAAUUAUGAGGUAAAAUCUGCGCGAAGGGGUAGUACGGUCAUUCGUCGAUACAGUGACUUUGUUUGGCUUUUGGAUUGUCUUCAGAAACGAUUCCCCUUCCGCCAAUUGCCCCUCCUCCCUCCGAAGCGAGUCUCAGUGAAUGGUACUCACCUUUCAGCGGAUUCCAAUUCCUUCCUGGAAAAGCGACGCCGUGGACUUAUCAGAUUUACCAAUUCCCUCGUUCGCCAUCCUGUUCUUGGGCAGGAGCAGCUGGUGGUGAUGUUCCUCACCGUACCCACCGAGCUCUCUGUCUGGCGCAAACAAGCCACCAUUUCAGUCCAAGAUGAAUUCACUGACCGCGUUCUUGCCCCCGAUCUCGAGGAUUCAUUGCCUGCCGAUCUCAACGACACCUUCGAUACGGUCCGCAGUGGAGUUCAACGAUCGGCGGAAAUCUAUAUUAACCUGUGCACUCUGCUCGAACGGCUUGCGAAACGGAAUGAUGGAUUGGCAGCGGACCAUCUACGAUUCUCCUUGGCUUUACAGUCUCUCACUGAGGUGACCAAGGACACCUACGCGGUCGAUACAAAUGAUAUCCCGUCACUCAAUGUAGGUAUUACCGCGACGGCGCGGCAUUUGACGACCAGUCAAAGCUUGCUAGAGGAUGAGGCAAGGGCAUGGAGCGAAGGGGUGUUGGAGGAUCUGAAAAGACAGCGGGACUGCUUGGUGAGCGUGCGUGAUAUGUUCGAGAGACGGGACCGGUACGCCCGUAACAACAUCCCGCAGCUGGAGCGGCGCAUUGAAACCAAUGAGCGUAAGCUGCAAGACCUUCGGGCGCGACCGUCGGGCACCGUGAAGCCCGGUGAGAGCGAGAAGGUGGAGGAGUCUAUUUUCAAGGAUAAGGAAAGUAUUGUGCAGCAGCAUGCACGCGGGGUGUUUAUCAAGGAGUGUCUCCGGGAUGAACUUGUCCAUUUCCAGCAAAGCCAGUACCAUAUCAGUCGACUGCACCAGGACUGGAGUCAAGAACGAGUCAAGUAUGCCGAGCUUCAGGCAGACAAUUGGCGACGACUCAGCGAUGCAGUGGAAGGAAUGCCGAUAGGAGAGUAA